CAUCCAAACCCACAUCACUACAUCUGACUGAUCCAUUUCUAGGUUCAUGAGCCAAUGAAAGUAGGACUUGACAUUAAAAUGCAUGGCUAAGAAGGCAUAUUCUUUAGUCAUAUGGAAGAUGAUUAUUGAUCUAGAAGUUAGAUUAGGAUUAUUCUUUCUGCCAAGUGGUUUGCCUUUGUCAAUUGUGACUUUUUUGGCUAUCGCUUUAAUAUAAUUUUUCUUCUAGGAAAUAUUUACUGGGGAAACUAGAUAUGCAAAUUUAUGUUUAACUGAAAUUCAGGGAUGAGGAGCUGGCAACUGAAGUAGCAUGGGUGGUUGUGUAUCUCUCAGCCCUUUCCAAUUUUGCCACCAGCAUGCUCGUGAAAAGUGAUGUCCUUCCAGUUCUUGUGGAAAGAUUGGCAACAUCAAAUAGUUUGCAACUUCUUAUUCCGGUGCUAAGAAGUUUAGGCAAUCUUGUCGCUGGUGAUUCACACACGACUUCUACAAUUCUUGUUCCUGGAUGUGAAAUCACAGGCUAAUGAAUCUGAUAAGCUAGUUGAGCCUGGAUUGUCAAAGCAGAUUGAUAGUGUGGUUAAGGGAUACUGCUUCAGAAUCAAUCAAGCAAAAGUUGGAUUUUGCUGGAAGUGAAUCUCAGAGCUGGAGCAUUUCUCUUGACAGCCUUUCUCGUUUGUUGUAUUAUGUGCUGGGAGUAGAGUCUGAACCCACCAGUGUUAAUCUUUAUGCAAAGCAAGGAACGGGGAAAGGAACUUUAUGAAGGACUGAAAUUUGAAGAUAUUAGAGUUGAUGUCAUCCAUUCUGAUCUCUCCCAAGCACAGGUAUUCUUAUUUUCACUAUCAUUGGCUAUACUGGACUGUAUCCUUUUCUAACCUCCAAAUCAUUCUACAGGAGAUUACUGUAAUACAAGAUUGCUAAUGGAGAAAUUGUUCGCUUUUUUUACACACCUUUAGUUUGGCUGCCUGUUGGGAUUGUGAGUGUUAGGAGCAUCCUAGCAAGCCUCUAAGAUGGAUAGUUGAAAGUAAAAUGGAUUUUGAUGC